UAAAAAAGCAAAAGAAAAAAGGAGAAUCGCUGAGAAUGGACACCUCAGCCAUUGGCGAUAGCCUCAAGAAGAUCAGCAGAGAGGACACAGCGGUACUGAUAGGGUCUGUGAGAGAGGCUGCCUGUGCUGCCAGCUCUGCAGUCAGUAACGCAAAAGCGAGACUGAGAAAUAUCAGUGAGGAAGUGGGAAGAAUAACUUCAACAAAUAUCAGUGUGAAUAUAGAGGAUAUAUUGACUGAUGCAGACCAGGCUGUGAAGGGCUUCGACAAAGCGUUCCCUGUAAUGAGUGACAAGCUUGCACAGGUAAAGGCUCUUGCUAGGAAGAUGUCUCCUAAACCUAACAUGACCGAAAGCAUCCAGAGAAUCAAGGACAUCAUUGAGGAGACAAGAAACUUUGUUAAUAUGCUCUCUCUUGCCAUCACUUUCAAUGGAAAGGGCCACACUGAGCUUCACCCUCCGAGAAACCUCGAGGAUGUAAAAGCAUUUACAGCUGUCGAUCUUCUCCUCAAUCGCCAUCACAAACACCCGUCCAAGUCUGAUGCGAGACGAAAGCAACGGCAGGACAACCACAGAGAUGCCAACCACUUUGUUUUCUACCUGGGUAACAAGAAUGCUCUUGGAGACUACAUUGGGAUGGCUGUCAGAAGCAGUGUGUUGGUUUGUGUCUAUAAGUUGGGUGGAGUAGUUCACGAGGUAGAAACCAGCAAAAUAACAGUCACCAAUGUGAAUUCCUCAGACUUUGACAGGGUUAUCUUCCACAGAGUUUACCAGGAUGCUGAAGUGAACAUUACACAGAACUUCACAUCACAGAAACCCAUCAGUCUCCCUCCUAAACGUAACCUCCCAAACCAAAUGGCAGGCGUCCUCGACUUGGAUCCAGACAGCAUCGUUUUCUACGUGGGCGGCUAUCCCGACGACUUCACUCCUCCAGUGGAGCUGCGUUACCCCAGGUACAGAGGAGCCAUUAAAUUCUCCCACCUGAACGGUAAUCCUAUCUGCCUGUAUAACUACAAACAUGCGGCCAAUAUGGAUGCAAAGCAGCGUACUGUGAAGAUAGCCGAGCAGGAGUUGUCUGAUUAUUAUGAAGGAAGAGGUUACCGCAUGGCAUUCAUAAAGGAUCCUGGCAGGAAGAAACGACGACUCUUCAAAUUUCACACAAACAGCCGAGAAAUAAAUGCCUUAUUAUUCUACAUUGGAAAUGAAGAGUCUUUUUUCUGUGUGUUUGUGGAGAGAGGUUUCCUCGUGCUACAAGGUCAACAGGCUGACAGAGAGAUUAGACUUCAGAGUGCUGAAAGAGUGUCUCUGUUUGACACACAGUUUGCAAUUGUUAUUGCAGACAAAUUUACUGUGCACUAUGGACCAAAGAAGAUUUCCACAGAUCACAUUCAAACAAACUACAUGAAUUAUUACGUUGGGGGUCUUCCAGCACAGCUCAGAGAGAGACACAACAUCACAGCUGCACCACUCAGGGGAUGCGUGGAUCGCUUGACAGCAGAUGCUGAGAUUGUGGAGUACAACAGGACAAUAGGUGUCGGUAAUGGAUGUCCAGUCUCCUUACUGGGUGUUCGUGCAGCUACAUUGAAUUCGUCUCUUUCUGUUGAUUCGCCGUUGGUCUGGGAUGAACAGCCAUUGAGAGUCUCGUUAAGCUUCAGGAGCACAGGCAAGCAAGGUGUUAUUCUGAAGAGCAGCUCUCAGGGCUCUGAACCUAUCAGCAAUCUCCAGUUGUCCCUGGCUGAUGGCUUUGUGGUUUUUCACAGUUUUAAUUAUACCCUGAGGUCGGAUGAAAGGUAUAAUGAUGGAGUCUGGCAUUACUUGUCUGCAGUGGGGAAGCCAUCAGGGCUGAUGCUUAACAUUGACAAUGUAAAUGUGCGUCCAGGACAUUCAGACCACAUCAGGCUCCAAGGAGGAAAAUUCAGAGGCUGCGUUGCUAAUCUUUACACAAGCAGGUCGAGCAUUUUACCCGCUGAUCUGAGCUCAUUGUCACAAGCUGGAGACAUUGUCUUUGGUCAAUGCAGUCUGCCCGUCCAUCCGAACUCCACAAUAAAAAGGUCCCAGACACACAACCCCACUCUAGCAGGCAGCCAGUGUAGACCCCAGAGAGCAAACCAACUCUAUGAGGAAGACAGCUGGGUCAGUUACACCCUUCCACAAGAGGACCUUAAUUAUAGGCCUCACUUCUCUCUUGAUAUCAAGACCAAAUCACCCAAAGGGCUCAUCCUGCACAUAGCAGGAAGAGGAACCAUCCCCCUCCUGGCUCUGUACAUGGCCAACGGCAAGAUCAAGAUGUCCCUGGGGCAAAACAGAAUCAUCCAGCACAAGGAGCGGAGCAAUGAUGGCAACUGGCACAGAGUUGAGUUCAGCGUGGAGAAGAGCACUUUUCAUCUGCUGGUUGACGGGAUCCGUGUGACUGACGGUCACUUACUUGAUAGUGAGGGAUCAUCUUUAAACCUGGACAACCCUGUGUAUCUGGGUGCUGACAUGAAAAGCAGAAUCACUAAAGGACACAGCAUUCCCACAAACACUGUUAUCAGCUGUAUAAGGGAAUUCAAAAUGAAUGAUGUAUUUGUGGGUGCACCAGAGGUCAGCCACAAAGCCUCACCGUGCUUUGAUGGGCUCACAGAGGAAGGGACAUACUUUGGUGGCGGUCACAUCAUUUUAGAUAACUACUUCACUGUUGGCUCUCACUUUGAGUUAUCCUUCGAGCUGCGCCCUCAACAGCUCACAGGUCUUCUCUUCCACGUUCAAAGUGACGAAACCAGCCUUAAUGUGUUCUUAAUGGAAAACAAGGUGGGUGUCAAAGUAAAUGAUGGUAAUGGAGCCGUUAGCGUCUCAGUAACGCCUCGUAAAAGCCUCUGUGAUGGAAAAUUUCAUGAGGUUACAGUGUCCAAACAGAAUAAAGUGCUCAGACUAGUAGUGGACUCCACAUCCCAGGAAAAAGCAGGUCUCAGAUCCACCUGGUAUUCAACAGCGCUGGAUUCACUUUACAUUGGGGGGACAACAAAUCAAAUUGGAGCCCCUGUGUCUUCACCUUUUGUGGGCUGCUUGCGAAAGGUGGAGAUUAAUGGAAAGCUGGUCGCAUUUGAGAGAGACUCCAGGGUGGUCCAUCCUGUGAGCAUCAACAGAUGCCCUGCAAAUUAGUGACGUCUCUCAUGACGAACAGGGAUGGGAAUACAGAACCUGCUUAGGCUGAAAGCAAGCAACACAUUUUCCAGUCUGUCAGGAUUGUGUUUCUCUAAGCUUUUCAGUUCCUUAUUUCCAUCACAGGAAUGUUUUUCUGAAAUUUGUU